AUGCUCGUCAGGAUUUCUGUAGCUACGAUAGCCCUCACCUCACUUGCUGAAGGCAUCGUGGUCGACCGUUCAAGUGGUGAUGAGAAGCCUCUUUUCGGUAGCUUCGACGACAUGGAGCUCACGCCAGAGGCCACCAACCUACUGAAGGAGUUUGAGGCCAAUCUGAUCAAGCAAGAUGAGGAGCGUAUUGCCUCAUACUCUGGAGUCCCCCAGCUAGCAGCAGUUUCGGCUGACGGUAGCUUUUCAUAUCCCCCGGGUUGUACACCGGAGAUGCGCCCGGAAGGCAAGUACUACUGCUUCCAUGGCAAGCGCAAUACAACCGGUAAAGAGAAGGAAGUGACAGCCAUUCUUGAUGUCUUUGAUAUUAAAGACCCACAGGACAAUGUCGUUAUUGGUUUCACAGCCAAGUUCGAGGACAACACUGCGAGAACGCUGCGACCCCACGCUGGUGGUGAUGCGGAGAUUGUAGUUUUUGGUGACAACAGCGAGCUUGGCGCGACCUUUUCCCUGGCGACCUAUGAUGUGGAAUCCCCCAAGCCUGGUCUACUCGGUCGCCUGCAGAAGAACAUCAUCGCUGAUCCUCACUUUAAAAUAUAUAUCUACAACUACCAAGUUAUGGACAUGGAACAUGUGCCCACUGAAACUAGCUACGUGUACGCCACAGAUGGUGGGGAUAUGGGCUUCAACGUAACAACAGCGAUUGUGGAUAAUGAUACAAUCAGUACUUUUGGUGGUUCCCUCCAUUUGACCUUGGAUACAUUCGAGGGCAAUGACAGCGUAUGGGACAUUAUGGGUACAGCGGAGGCCUUCGUCAAUUCUGAAUCAAUCAAGUUGAACCACACCGAGUCGGUGACCUUCCUUCAGGACAGGAUCGUCUUGCCAGAAUAA